AUGUCGACUCCAAGCAUGGACGAGUAUCUCGCGCCAGACUUUGACCCGUUCACCCUCAAGGUCCCGCAGCUCCGAUCAAUUCUUGUCGAGCAUGGUAUUCCCUUCGGGGCUGUCAUCAAGAAGUCUGACCUUAUCGAUCUGUUCGAAGACAACGUCCGGCCGAAAGCUUCCAAGCUCCUCGGCAAGUCGAGCGGCGUCAAGGCGUCCGCCAAGGGCAUCAUCUCCGUCUCUGAGAGCGGCGAAGAGUCCCUUGUCGAAGCGCCCGUCAAGAAGCCUCGUGGUCGGCCCCGCAAAACCCCCAUCGUCGAGGUGAUGGACGAUUCGCCCGAGCCGGAUGCGGCACCCCCAUCAAAGCGGCUGAGGGCGAGGAGCAGGAUGUCGGUCGAUACAGAGGGCGCUGAUACUCAGCCCUCGGUAAAGUCUACGUCGAGUCGGCGAUCUACCCUCAAUACCUCGCGCAAGCGUACUCCGGCUGUCACGCCCGAAGUCGUCCCCCCACUUCCCGUUGCUAGCUCCUCGCGAAAGUCGCGCCAGUCCAGCGCAGCCACGCAGCAUGCUACUCCCUCCAGCGCAGCCACUCGCCAUAUUACCCCGGACGCCGGCGACAAGACGCCUGUCCCCGCUCCUCGAUCGAUCCUGAAGAAGGAUACGGCCAUCCACUUCGUGGACCAGCCUGAGGCUGACUCGGAGGCGGACGAGAUCCCCCGACACACGCCAGUGAAGCGGAAGGCAUCGAGAACUCCCAGGCGGUCCGACGGGGAGGAGAGCGGGUUUAGCGACGUCAACCCGUUCCAGAGCGGGAGUGACCAGGCAGCGAGGAAGGAGCUGCGACGGAGAAAGUCCUCCGUUGGUCCUGCCCAAACACCGGCUUCACCUCAGCAAGAGACGCCUCGACAGCCGCGUCGAUCCGAGCCCGCUCCCAUGUCCUUCACGCCCGGCUCGACCCUCCGACGCGUCGGACCUAGCAGGGAGAGCCUUCGUGCUCCUCCUGACGAGGUGCGGGAGCAGAUGAUGCAGGACCGCGAGCUCCAAGAGGCGGAAGAGCACAAUCAAGUCGUCUCGACCAAGCUCAACGAAAUCUCCAGCCGGGAUCGGGAGUCACCUCCCCAGGUCACAAUUACGACUGUUUACGAAGCCACCCCUGUUCCUGCAUCACAGAACGCCCUUGUCAAGCGCGCGCAGGACAAGCUGCAGGUCGUCCCCGCUGCGAGCCGUACCGUCCCCCUUUCGGCACUCUUCCUCGUGCUCCUCUCUUGGGUGGCGCAGUGGAAACACGCCUCCUCGGCGAUCGGUUUCUGCGAUACCGGCGGCGCGACCAACAAUGUCAUCCUGCUUCGCGAGAGCAAGAUUGAUAACGCCCAAGCGUGCAUCGCGCGGAACGCCGCUCUCCAGCUCGACUCGGCGGUCGGCCAGCCCUCCACCGAGCUCGUGCGGUGCGAUACAACCUCUCUUCCCCUCCUCCCGUUCAUGCCCCGUCCGACGGCCUGCAGUCCCUGUCCCCCGCACGCGGUAUGCGAAGCGGGCAACCUGGCCGCUUGCGAGCCAGAGUACAUCCUCUCGCAUCACCCCCUUUCGGUCUUUUCGGCCCUCACGGACGGUCUUCCCGGUAUGGAGCCGAGAACGUUCCCGCCGAGCUGCAAGCCCGAUACGGCGCGCAAGAGGCUUAUUGGGGGCGUGGCGCAGGAGGUUGAGGGGUAUUUGGCGCAGGGGAGGGGCAAGGUCGUUUGUGCCGGAAUGGGGAAGGAGGAUGGGCGGAAGGGCGAGGGGGAGAGGUUUGGGAUGGAGGAGGAGACGCUGAGGGAGAUGUUUGAUGCGAGGCGAGAUCCCAAGUUCACGAAAGAGCAGUUUGACGAGGUUUGGGAGGCGGCAUUGAGGGAUCUGGUGGAGCAUGAGGAUAUCAUCGAGUCGAUUGACGUCCAUGGGAAGUCGUGGUAUGCUGCUUCCCGGACGGACAUGACGCUCAGCUGCCGAGCCAAGACGGAGGCUUACAAGUCGCUGGAUGCGUGGAAGGCCCAGCUUGGAUCUACCGCAGCGGUGCUCGCUGCGAUCGCUGCUCUUCAGCGAACUAUCAAGACCCGCCGGGCGGAGAAGUACAAGGCGGAGGAUCUCGCCGCUGUCGUGCUCAAGCGCCUCCAGGACCAGGAACGCCUGCACUACACGGACCCCGCGACUACUCCACACCCAUACCUGCCCCCAGCCCAAGUAAGGGACCUCGUCCUCCCGCACCGAGGCAGCGUGAGCUCUCGCACGCGUCUCUGGACCCGGAUCGAGGCGUUGAUCGAGAAGAACGCGAAUGUGGCGACUAGGGAACGGGAGGUCAAUGGGGAGAUAUGGCGUACUUGGGAGUGGACGGGGGUGGGGAUGUUGGGGGCUGCGGGGGAGCAGUGA